AUAUCUAUCACUAAAAAUUUCACAACAUAACGUAAUAUAACAUAACAUUGUAGCUUUAUUUCAUGUCAGGACAGAAGGUAUGCAUGGUGAUGCGGGUUAAUCUAGAUUGCCCUUGUUGUAAGAAAAUGAGAAGAAUAAUUCUGCGAAUGAAAGAAAUAGAGAUGCACCUGAUUGAGAAGCAAGAGAAGAGAAUAAGCAUAAUGGGAAGGUUAGAUCCGGCAGAUACAGCCAUAAGAAUAAGGAAAAAAAUGAACCGGAGAGUAGACAUUUUGGACAUUCAAUUACCCCAACAACCUGACCCUGACCCUGACCAGAUGCAUCAGCAACCCACGUAAACUACCUUCGUUUCCCUAAUAUUCAAAAACUUUAUGCUUUCUUUCUUUGUAUAUAAUCAAUUAAUACCAAAUUAAUCUCAUUUCUUUUAAUUUCUCUUUUGAUUACAAGCACCACAAACUUAAUUCAUGCUUAAUUCUUUCUCUCGUCUUCCACAAUUUAAUCACUAAUUUGAGUAUUUCAUAUUAAAACAAAUCUGGUCGCAUAUGACACCUGAA